AUGUCAGCUGCAAAAUACUUCCCUGUUGAGCAGCAGGACACUACAGGAGGCAUGGUUCAAGAAAACCUACCAAAUACCACUUGCAAGUCUUUAUCCUCCCUCCCUCCGGAGCUGAAGAUGAAGAUCUUCAAAGAAGCCGACUUCGUCUCGCGGGUUUGUCUCGCUCUCACCGCCAAAACCUUCUACGCCACCUACGAGAAGACCUUUGGAAGUAUGCCGGAGCAACCUGUUGCUUUGCGCGAAAGAGUCGAAUGGUGGGAGGACGGAACAAAGUACAGGACAUGUUUGGGUGUCCUGCUGUGCAGCUGGGCUUCUACAGAGAGAGAGUUGUGGUACUGGUGGUACGGAGAUAGGUGGAUGACCGCGGCAAAGUGGAUAGAAGUUGUCAAUUUGUGCAAGAUAACAAGACUCUACCCUUGGGCUGUUUACAGGACAUUGGAAGGCAUGAAGGGAUAGAACAGACACGGGGCGAGCUUGUCAUCUG